AUGUGUGAAGAAAUCCAUAUGAAAACAAUCAACAAAACUGUGGCCAACASUACUGAAAAAGAAGUGCCGUUUUGUCGCAUCUGUUUUGAAGACAAAUCUGCGGGUCGUUUAAAAUCAUUUUGUGAUUGUCGCGGAUCUGUCGGUAGUGUUCACCACAAAUGUAUGGAAAAGUGGUUUCUUGUCAGUCAUAUUGAUCGAUGCGAGUUAUGCGGCACUCAAAUGGAUGUUAAGUUGGUUUACGGAUGUUUUAUCGACUGGAUCUGCCAUUUCCGUAAUCUCCGGUUCCUAUUGUUGGACAUCCUAUCGUUUGCCACAAUCAUACCAUUAUUUAUUCGUUCACAAUAUUUGUUGAGUUGCAUAACGUGGCAAAAGACUACACUUAUGGUAACUGUUGUCAUAAAUAUCGGUAUAUUCAUAAUAAUGCUGUUGUUAUUCASUAUUGUCUCCAUUUGGCUCUUCUUCGUCUGUAUCGAUCAUCACAUUAAGUCAUACAUAGACUGUACAAACACCAGAAGAGUUGUCAUCAAACGGAUUAAAUCACAAAAUCAACAACAAUUGACUGUCAGUGAUAUUAGUGGUGGUAAUCAACAACAACAACAACAACAACAACACAGAAAUAAUAUGUUGAUUCGUGUCCUCUCUUUCUUUCGGUUUUCAGUUCAGCCGACAAAUAGUAUAGAUUUAGUAUAG